UAAAAAUGAAGCCACGAAUAGAAGAAUGUACUGUGUCUUUAUUAAAUUUUGUUAUUGGUGUUCAAGCUCCAUUCACAAUGGUUGAAAGCUCUUGGUUUCAUGAAAUGAUGAGUACACUUGAUCCAUGUUAUGUUCCACCAACACGUACCUAUAUAAAGGAACGAAUUAUGUCUCAGUUUCAAGCUCAAAGACUUGAUUUUCUUGUAACUAAGCACCAACUUGGAUAUAUGUUUCUUAAUAAGGAUGAGUGGAAAAAUAUUGAUGUUAUUAUUAGUCUUCUUUAUUCUAUACUUCAAGCAACUGAGCUACUUUCAUCUAGUUCUUACCCAACAAUGUCUGAU